AUGGCACCCAAGAAAUCGCAACAGCAGAAGUUGUCGCUCGGCGACUUCUUGAACGACCAGUGUAUGCGCUGCAUGCCCGACUCCGUCGCAAAGACAAACAUGGCUGAAAUUUCAUANGCGCUCGGCUCGUGGGCCGAUGAGAUGGAGACUGCUCCUCUUCCUGGUAUGUCAAGAUGCGCAUGUGACAGCGACGAACAGCACUAA